GAACCGGUACCACAGCGUGUUAGGAUUCUCGAUCUGUUCCAUUGGCUACACCGUGGCUCAUUAAUAUUAAUUCAGAAAUAUCAACGUUGCUUAUUCGAUUUGUUUAGCGUCCAAACAAAUCUGUUUUUUAAUUAACAUCAAUUAUAGUUUUGUGGUUUCACCAAAGAUAAAUGGAUUAAUGUCGCUUUUACAAUAUUAGCCUUAAUAUUUAUGCGCUAACGUCUUACCGUCAACAAAUUGUUACGCCUCCUUUACAGACGUCACAAUAUUGUAAUUCAUAUUCGUGAGCCAGUCUCAGCAGGGAUUUGUAAAUCCGCCUUUGGCAGUGUGAAAGACUCACGCAAACUACAGGAACACAAAGUUUGGUGACAUUUAAUCACCGCAACACUGUUAUGGAGACACAUUAUCCAGAGAGGACUAUCGCAUAAAGAACUUCUUUCAAACGGAUCUACUUUUAUAAGGAAACGCGGUUACCUUCAGUGUUUAUAACCUUACACUUAACGGAGUAUUUUUUUUGCGUUGUGUUUUUUAGUUUAAAGCAAACAAUGCUUUUGACAGCGAAACAAUUUAUUUUGCUUGAAUUGUGUUUAUAAAAUAUUGUUUUGAUGCUGUGUGCGUUAAUAUUAGCACCAUAGAAGAAGAGAGGUUUAUUUAAAAACUGUUUCAUUACCCAACAUCUGCUGUUUUUUAUUUUUCGUUUAUGUAAUUUAUUUGAGAUAUAUAACCUACUCUAACCUGUGGAUAUACUUGAGCAAUAAGAUUUUUCCUAAAGCUGUAGCUGUUUAUAGCAUCACUAUCACAUAACCUGCUGGUUGUGCAUCUGUUCUUUGGAUCAUCUGAAGUCAUAGACAGCACUGGCGCUUAAAUACUGUCAUGCACAUCUUCUGCCUCACCGCGUUGCUCGUCCUUCGCGGCCUGGUCAGCUGCGACACCUCCAGUGACGAACCGCACUACACUGGACUGUACAAGGACGCAACUGAGACCACAACAGAUCCAUGUCUGCAAGUGAGCCCACCGUGUAUGACCGAGGCUGACCGCUUCAGUAUGGAGGCUCUCCAGCACAUCCACAGAGAGAUGGAUGAUGAUCAGGAUGGAGGUAUUGAGGUGGAGGAGAGCGUUGAGUUCAUCAUAGAAGACAUGCAACAGCAACAGCAGGCAAACAAGCACAGUAAACUCCAUCAAGAAGACCAGCACAUCACUUUGGAGGAGCUCUGGAGAAGCUGGAAAUCCUCGGAGGUUCAUAACUGGACUCAAGAGAACGUGUUGAGCUGGCUGAGGGAGUUUGUGGAGUUGCCUCAAUAUGAAAAGAACUUUAAAGAGCUGCGUGUUAAUGGGAACACAUUGCCCAGGAUUGCUGCCAAUGAACCAUCGUUUAUGAGCACUCACCUGAAGAUCCACGACCAGCAGCACAAACAAAAACUCAAACUCAAAGCUCUGGAUGUGGUGCUGUUUGGACCUCCCACACGUCCUCCACACAAUUGGAUGAAAGACCUGAUUCUUAUUGUGUCAGUGGUGAUGGGAAUUGGCGGAUGCUUGUUUGCGAAAACCCAGAAUAAAACAUCUAAGGAACAUAUUUCGAAGAUGAUGAAGGACCUGGAAAGCUUGCAGAGAGCAGAACAAAGCCUCACAGACUUACAGGAGCAGUUGGAGAAAGCCCAGGAGGAGAAGCGCACAGUGGUGGUAGAGAAGAAGAAUCUUGAGGAAAAGAUGAAAGACGAGAUUCAGGGAGCUCAGGAAGAGGCCAACCGCCUCCACAAACUCCGCGCGGGAGCCGUAAGCGAGCUCAGCCGCCUUUGGUACGCAGAAGAGGAGCUUGACCAGAUGCGUGGCGCGCUGAUGAGGGCGGAGAAAGACAUGCAGUUCCUGUGGUCCAUCCCUGAAUCUCUGCAGCUGUGGCUACAGCUCACCCAUGAGGUGGAGUUGCAAUACUACAACGUCAAGAAGCACAGUGCAGAACAACAACUCAACACAGCUAAAGAGGAGGCUGAGAAGAUAAAGAAGAAACGGAGCUCUUUGCUGGGUACUCUACAUGUGGCACACAGCUCUUCAUUGGAUCAAGUGGAUCAGAGAAUCCUGGAGGCAAAGAAUGCACUAGCUGAGGUGACUGCUUGUCUUCGGGAGCGUCUGCACAGGUGGCAGCAGAUAGAGAACUUGUGUGGAUUUCCUUUGAUGAACAAUACUGGCCUGUCCAAUCUCACCGCUACUCUGUACCCAGACUCCAACUUGAUGCUGAUGCCCCGGGCUGCCAUGCAGUCCUAUCAAGUGCCAAUGGCGGUGGAAGACAUGGAGGAGGAAAUGUCCCAGAUUAUACCACAGAUUCCUGUUUCAGUUGCACCUCUGAAAUGUUCUCCACGGUCUCUGGUUCGUUCACGGCGAUCUGGGCACAUGGUGCCUUCAUCUGUUAUUGUGUCGCCUGACCCUGACCUCCUGAUUCCCAUUCGUUCACCGCUGCGGCGAUAUGGAGACGAAGAUGAGGAACACAUUAAAUUCUGUCCUCUAGUGAAACAGGAGUCCAUGGACACAUCCUCAGAUACAGAGUCCAUUGGUUCGUCCAUCAGCAGAAUGUACACCGGCCUGGAUGUUCCACCUCGAAGAAAAUACAGAGAGGGUUUAUCUGAAAAAAUGUCCCGAAACAUCUCCCUGGAAGAACAAGAGGAUAUUCCCUCACGCAAGAUCUCUCAGGAGGAGAUGGACGAGUCUUUGAUGAUGAGGAAAGUAUCAAGAGAGGAACUGGACACUAAUACUCCAUUAAGAAAGACAUCAAGAGAAGAGUUAGAGACCACUGUGGACUUUCCUAAGGAACUGACAGGUAGAGCAGAUACUGAAAGUAUGGUCAGUUCAAGGAAAUUACCCAGAGAUUUGUCAAUAGAUUCAACUAAAAGGUUUUACUCCACAGAAAAGUUAUAUUCCCCGACAACAUCAAUAAAUAUUGAUCAUAGACAACAACGGUCAUUCAGAGAGAGAAAAGAUCAAAUGGGGGACAGUAUUUGUAGAGCGAUUCCAAAAAGUGACGUUGACACAGACAUCACAAGUGCGAAUCGGUAUUCUGAUGUUUUAAUGAGCGCUUCCAUGAAACAGAGGGAUAAUCUUGAUUUUUCAAACAUCCAACGAGGAAGAAUGUUUCGGGAAAACUCUUUCGAUUCAGCUUAUGAAAGUUCCAUCGAAAGCUCUAAAAAAUUAAAGAUGUUUGGCAGAACAGAUCCGGCCAAAGAUAUCCCUCCAAGAAUGAUGCCGCAGGAUGACUUUGAUGUGUCCCCUGAAACCGUAAGAAAAGACAUUUCUAUGAAAACGGCCUUAAGGAAAACGACGGGUGAUGAGUUUGACUCAUCAUUAGAAAAUCAAAGAGGUAGAUCCAUUAAAGAGAGCAGGGAUGUGCACAUGGAGACUCAAAGAGUCCAACGCAGUAUAAAGAUAGAUAACCCUGUGGAUUUGCCAGUUGGUAAAAUACAGAGAGAGGUGUUGGGUUUGUCUACUGAACCAGUUACGAACCCUGGACCACCUGGCCCACCAGACAUCACUGUUAGUUCCUUGAUGGUCUUGAAACCGGCCUCAGAAACACUCAGCACACUGGUGUAUGACGGCAUUCUAGAAAAGUCCUAUGAGAACGCAGUUACCCCUGCUGCUGGUGAUCUCGGAUAUGGUGCCGGAGUGUCUGGUUCUUCUCAAAGCCUUCUGGGAUAUGAAGGUUCCUCAGCAAGUUUAUCUUCUUGGGAAUCCAGCAGCAAAGACAAGGGCAAGAAGUCUUCGAUGCUCAAGAAUUUGUUUAAGAAGAAGAAAGAGAAGGAAAAAGAGUAACAUUUCUGCAAAGGCAAACCAUGACUUUUUGGAAAAGUUUUUCCCAGAUUUGCAGGAUUUUCAACUUGAUUUUAGGAUUUUCAAUCGACUCAGACUGGGACUUAGCUCAGAGGAUACAGCAUGUGGGACUCUAUCAAGCUGCACUUCUAGGUAGGAUUCAAGGAUGGUUUGCUGCAUAGUUUUUUUUUUCAGAAAAGUUGUCAAAAAGAGAUGAUAAAUGCACAUUUUCCCUUUUUGUGGGUUUCUUAAGGAUUGUAAUUUUAGCUUUUUAUUUUUCAAUAAUUGUUGAUGAUAUAUGAAACAUUUUUGCUUGGAUAAACUGUGAGAUUGUUGCAUAUUAGAUUAUAGCAGUCACAACAUGCCUCAUUUUAUUUUUAUUGACUUGAUUUACUUGGUUUGCACUGAAAAAAUCAAAUAGAAGUGCAAUAGCUCCCAAAAUGUAAUAUGUGAUCCUGGACCACAAAACCAGUCAUACUGUAAGUAGCACGGUUAUUAUGUAGCAAUAGCCAACAAUGCAUUGUUUGGUUCAAAAUUAUAGAUUUUUCUUUAAUCCCAAAAAUCCUAUAGAUAUUAAGUAAAAAUCAUGUUCCAUUAAGAUAUUGACUUAAUUUUCUACCGUCUGUAUAAAUACAAUUUUUGUGAGUGGAGCAGCAAAAUCGCGAACAAAAAUGUCAGGAAACAGGCCUACAAACAUCACUCGCUUAAGUGGGUUAUUUGGAAAUAACCCACUUAAGUUUGGUAUCUAUGUAAAGCUUAGAAUUUCAGUUUACUCAGUUCAUCAUCUACUCUGCACUACACCAUCAAAGCGAAAAGCCAAUAGAGCGUGUUAAAACAAACUUGUUUCUAAUAAGCCAGUGAUUCUCAACCCUUUGGUUGGCCUCGGAGCGCCAUCUGGUGGGCGUAUAGACAGUGGUAUCAUACCACUUUUUAAAUUGAAACAUUUUGUUAUUUUCUAAUGAUUUAAUUAUUCUUAUGCAUUAACAUAUUAAAGAAACACUAAAGUGGAGUCAAGAUGCAUUACCAAAAAAAUAUAUAUAUUUGAAUGUCGCAACACAAAAUACGUCACAAUGGUGUUGCGAAAUUCAAAUAUAUAUUAUGUUACAGUAAACGAUGUUACUGUGAAAUGGGUCGUUCUCUGAAAAUAAAAUUCUGUGCAAGCAAAAGCGUCAAAGAAAGUAUGUGGUGAGAAAAUACGACGCAGAAUACAUUAAAUUAGUUUUAUAAGUGCUAAUGAAUAGAAUGCUCACCUCUUCUGUGUCUGACCUGUUACAUAUAUAUUAGCCUUGAUCUGCUGUUGUAUUUUUCAUUUGUUAUUGGUUUGAUAAAAGGUUUGUAAAUCAGUGGGUCUCAUUCACUAAGCAUGCGUACGCACAAAUUUGUGCGUGAAACCUGCGUACGAACGCUUUCACGAACAAAUCAUGAUUCACAAAAACUUUUGUAGAAAAAUGUAUUCUAAAUAGGCUAUAAGAGAAAGAUGGGAACAGUUGAAAGCACACGUACGCAUAAAUCACCAGUCUCUUUCUUUCCGAUUUCCUUCUUCUCUCUCUAAGACAAAAUGCAUGUUUCAUCUCAGGAUAAUUAUAUAUUUUAAACAAUAAUAAUGUAUUUCAUGUCGCGUCGAUGUAGGCCUUUAUUUAAUUUUAAUAGACACCGUCACAUUGGGUUGCCUGGAGUAACUUUGACUUAAAUGACAACGGGGGGAGCUUCAAAUGUGCGUAUAAAUACGAAAAAUCUACGCAAUUAUUAGUGAAUGAGACCCAAUGUUUUGAUCUAUUUGGCUGACUUUACUAAGUCUGCUACUGUGGCAUAACAGAUUAACAGCAGGGUAUAACAUUGUACUUUUUGAAUAUUAUGUGUUCACAUUAUCAUAGUUGGAAAGGUGGUCCUCGGAAUGUUUUUAAACAGGGACAUGAAGGUUGAGAACCUUUUUCAAGAUUUUUAUAUGAUUGUAUCUCGGCCAAAUACUGCCCUAUCCUAACCUCAACAAUUGACCCUUGAGUGGUUUUGUGAUCCAGGGUCACAUAUAAUAUCGACAACUACAAAGAAAAAGUCUGUUGACUUCAGAAACAGUGUGACUGAUACUGCCAUACUGCAUAAAACACUAAAUCAGUAAUAUUUGCAUCUAAAAAUAUACAUCCAUUUGGGUAUAAUUUGAAUUUAUUUAGUUCCAAUUCCGCUUAUCUAUUCGGAUUCUUAUAAACUCACAGUUUUGAUUCCAAAUUGAAGUAAAACAUUUAGAAAUCAACCUGUAUGGUCAUUUAGUCAUCUUAUAGACAGGUCUGCAUAAAUCUAUGUACAUAUAGUAAUAAAUUGUACAAAACAUGGAUACUAUGUGUAUUUGUGCACAAAACAGUGCUCAUGAUAUAUGAUCACAGAUUUUCUGAAAAUGUGCACACAGGAAUUGAUAAGAGGAAUUAAUUUUUUUAUUUUACAAAUAGUAUCCAAUUCCUAACCUUUCGAUUCCUAUUCUAGAAUUUGUAUUUUAUUUGAUUCCCAACCCUAAUUAUUAAUGCAUAUAUUAUUAUUUCAAAUAAAUCAUUGUUAAAUUGUAUUUAUACGUUCAUGCAUGCGACAGACACUUUUAUCCAUGGAAGAGUACAGUGAUUAGUUUAGCUUGUGUGUUGAUAAAGAAUGAAAGGGAAGUGAUGGAAUUUGUAUUUAUUUUAACUUUGUGUUAUUUGACAUUUCUCUGGCAGGCUGUCUCUGUGUUUACUGUGAAUUUGUCUGAUUUACUUAUUUACAUUGAAUUUCUUGACGAUGGAAGUAUUUUAUUUAUUUGG